AUGGAGACUGUAGCUGAGCCCUUUGUCUCAGCUUCGGAGAUCUAUGGCCAGCGCAUUCAGGAGACGGGAACUGUAGCAGACAUGGGAUCCGUGGGUGUGGCGGUUGCAGAUGGCCUCUAUGUCUUGUCAGACAGUGUGCAUGCUGCAUGGGAUGACGCCGCUCGCGUCCUAAAUAGCCACCGUGCGUUUCAGCAACCUUGGGCAACCAAGUACCUGUCCACACCACGCACGUAUCUGAAUGCUGGCAUCCUAGCAGAAAGCGAGGGAUGUCCCAGUCAGACUAACGAGACUGACGACCUCAUUCAAAUCGGAUUUGCAGAAAUGCUGAAAUACAACUUUAGCUGUGUCGAAUCGUGGUGGCUCAGCCCAGCCUGUGCAGCGUUGGGAGACAAAUGGCGGGAUGAGUGUGUAGCAGUGCUGGAUGACGACUGGGGUUAUCUCAAGCCUGCCAUGUACCAAGCCCUGGCAGAGACCAACAUGCGAGUCGCCAAACUUACCCUCGGCUACGACGCUUUCUAUGAGGUCAUACGCAGCAGGCAAUUCAAUGUGUCCUUCCUGUGGUGGAGCACUGAUACACAAUUCAUCGAUCUGGAUCCUCGCCUGGUCCAUCUUCCCGAGGAAAUAGGGGCUGUUCCCGAAAUUCCACUCAAGAUUGCAUGGAAAUCAAUUCUUGCUGGCAGGCAGCAGCUUGAGCUUUUGCUUCGCCAGAUCCGGUUAAAUAUCCGAGAGCUGGACGGCAUACUGAAGCUUGUCCGAGCGUCUCAAACUGAGGGCAAUGGGCCCACAGAGACAGACCAGCCAGGCUUCUUUCAAAAGCUGGCAUGUGACUGGCUCCAAGCCAAUCCUUCGGUUUGGCAGAAAUGGCUACCCAAUGCUAACAGCUGCAACGACGGAGAAGUGUUCAACACCACUUCAAAUGCAUGCGACCUGUGCAAAGAGGGCUCCUAUGUAAGUGGAGGCGUGUGCGCUCCCUGUGAAGCGGGCCGCUUUCAGGCAUUGCCCCGGCAGCUUCUUUGCGAAGAAUGCAAAGAAGGUACAGCGUCCUUGCAAGGAGCCCUUCAGUGCGACGCAUGUCCACAAGGGAAGUUCUCGAACGGUACUGGCUCCAGCCAAUGUGUGCGCUGCCCAGCGCGCAUGACCACACGUACAGCUCUCGCUGCACAUAAAGAACAGUGCGUGUGUGAAGAUGGAUCACACUUCAAUGGAAGUGCAUGUGCGCCAUGCAUGCUCGGCUUGCUUUGUCCGGGAGGAUUUGCCCCACUGCGCUUGGACACGCCUGACAAAGAUGGCACAGUCUCUGUUGGUGCUGGCUUCAUGGCCACAUACGAAGGACUCCAGAGCUUCAAGUGCUUGAAGGGAGCAGACGAUCGAUGCAAGGAUGCCAGGCCAGUGUUUGUCAACAAUUCCUUCAAUGCUGCCGGAAUGUGCUUGGCACAGUCUGAAGGGAUCUCCUGUGGCAGAUGCAUAGAAGGGCACUUCAACUCGCUGGGGCACUGCAAGCCCUGCACAGAGGCGGUCUUUGGCAGCCCGGCUGCGUGGAUAGCUGGUAUGUACGUGGCAACCACACUUCUGGCAAUGUACUUCUUUUUCAGCUCAUUGAAGAAGCCCACCCCUUUAGGCAUCGCGUUGGGCAUCAUGUUUGGUGUUCCACAAGUUCUGCUUGUCCUGACCGGGUCGAACCCGAACACGUCUUCCGAAUUCUCUGACUUUUCAAAUAGAUUUGCAUUCAUACAGCUGGAUUUCUCGGCAGUUGGCCUGCCGAUUGAGUGCUUCACUCAAGACUUUACCUCCACUGUCAUCAUUCACGGUGCCUUGCCGGCAGGCUUGAUGGUUGCCUUUGGGACCAUUUUUGGGCUUAGCUGUCUGGUAACAUUUUCCUCCCACAGAGCCGUGGGCCGUGUACAGAAAUAUUUACCCACGUCGAUUCUCGACGUGAUCAAUGCCUAUAUUUUUACCCACAACGCGCUCUUCAUCACAAUCACUGCCGCACCACUCAAGAUUUUCCGCGUUGGAUCAAAUCCAUCUGGGCAGCUUACGGUAUUGGCAUUCCCAGCUGUCAUCUUUGGAUCAGAAGAAUGGAGAGCUGCUCUCCCUGUGUCUUUGGUAUGCUUGGGACUCUUUUCAGUUUUCUUCCUGGCAGUGUACGCGUACCUGGCUCUUCUUGCACCACGCUACUGCUCCUCGCCCUUCUUCCAGCGUGCCUUCCGCUGCCUUUGGGCGAACUUUGACCCCACGUGCUGGUGGUUCGGUUUGGUGCAGCUACUUUAUGGCAUUGCGCUGAACACCAUGCCGGUCAUCAUGUACAGUGUGCGAUAUCAGACCAUCCUCACCAGUGCCGUGUGCUGCUUUUAUGCCUUGUUGGUAUGCCAGGUACGACCUUGGAAGUUUGGCCUCGAUCACUUUGUUGACCUGAGUGCCAAGUUGGGCCUCUUCGCUAUCGUUCUGGCUCUUGGUGCUGGCGAAGAUGGAGAUGCACUGGACCAUCCAACUGUCAAUUAUGCCACGUUCUCAAUUAUUGGCUUCCUUGUGCUGCUGGUGUCUUGUGCGAUAUUGCGUCACCUCUACCUUUAUCAAAUCAAUAAGGCGGCCGGAUUCCGAAUGAGAGCAACCUUUGCGCAACGGCUGUACGACUUGGUGACGCUAUUGAGCUCCCAAAGUUGCCUGGAGCUCCGGCAACUCUCUUGGGGCAUGCUUGACAAUGAGGUGAGGAGUGUGGAUCUUGCAUUGGAUGCCCUGCAGUUUGCGCUUCUUGGCCUGCAGCCGCAGAACCCAUUGCGAUAUCGCGUGGCCGGAAAAGCCUUUGACGUGGCUUUGCCCGGACGAUUGGAGGGUGAGAUCAUUGCAAGACAUCUCCAGCAGCAGGAGGACGCCCGCAGGGAGCUACGACUCCUUGCUGCAUCUCUGGGGGAGAGUCUUCAAAGUUCCUCGAUGUCGAAGCGAAAGGGCCAAGCCAGGCUAUCUUGGUUCAAGGAGUCGGUGACAGUUGACGAGGCAGGUGAGCAUUUUAAUGAGGAUGGCUUCAUUGCUGGAAUCAUGCCACGUCUCGGAGGAUGCAACGCUGAUAGCUUCAAUGAAGAUAUCCUGAGAAAGCUGUUUCGCUUCAUUGACAUUGAUCAAGGAGGAACCGUGUCCAGAAUGGAGCUACACAAUGCCUUCAUGUCUUUGCCUGACCCCGUAUUCCCAGCUUGGCAUCAGGGUGCAAAUCUGACAGACUCAGAGUUGGAGGAAGCGAGAAAGGCAGUAGAUUUAGUGGAUAGUGAGUUGGACAUUCCGCAUAAGCAUCAAAGCUAUGCUGAAACGGAUGGCGAGGACGAUGACAUCAUCCCAAUCGAGUUCUUCGAGCAUGACGCUUGUUUUCCUCCGAAUCAUGGGAAUUGCUAUGAGGAGUCAUUCGUUUUCGGCAAGGAAAUGCGUGAUCGGCACGAUUUGCGCGAUCUGCCGAUGCAUUGCCCCCGAUUCUCUGGGACAAGGCCUCCCUUGCCUCAAGAAGGCUCCGGCCAAUCAAACAGCAAUCAGGAUCGUCAUCAUCUUGAGUUUUCUGCAGACAAUGCACGUGCCGAAGAAUCUGAAGCGGAGGCAACUGAAGUGAAGUGCUGCGCUUCUGGAAUAUGCGCAGCUGAGAAAAUAGUACAGUGUCAAGAGCCUCAGGCAAAGACGACACAUUGCAUCGGCAGUUCCAAGCCACAGCAAGGGCUGCAUUCAACUCGCGGUGCUUCAAAGGAUCAGGAUGCGAUUCGCUCUAGAAGGCAGGAGCAGGACGAAUUCAUGCAAUUGCUGGAGAUGCACACGGCAUCCAGAAGGAUGGCGCCAAGAAGCUCAACGCCACUUCGUAGAAUAUCACCUGAGCUCUGA